AUGAGUUCUGGAAAGCCACCCAUCCAGAAGAGAAAGCUCAGCUUGACGCAUGGAAUAAGCAAAGGGGACAAUGGCGAGAAAGACUUGGACAAGGAAACCCACGACAGCCUAUCAAAAGCAGGAUUAGAUGCAUAUAGUACAGCUCCUCCCAAGGGGCAUGUCCUACCUAUCACCGACCCUCUUGCCACGUUUGCCAAGGGGUCAGGGACAGGAGGUACACCUCAAAAUCUACCCGGCCAUUCUGGCGCCUCUGGAAGAUCGGGAGCCUCUGGGUCGAAUUUGACCUCUACCAACAACGUCGAACCAUCCGCCUCAGAGGAUGACAUUCACCGGACAGUUCGCACCAAAUAUGAUCCAGACUCGAUGCCGACGCCGCGUCCUAAUUACUUCUGGUCAUCUGACCGCCCGAUCGAGGAUCUUGAGGCUUACAUAGGCAGCCUGCAGGCAAGGCGCCAGCAGCUAGCCCGCGAGGCCGAGAUCCUCUGGGCUCGGCUUUCCGAGAAAGAAGCUGAAUAUUACAAUAGCCCUGAAGCCAACACCCCUCCACCGCAGGAAGAAAUCGACAAGCCUGCAAAAGUCGUUUACAUCGAGACUCUCUCCAUUCUCCACCGUAAGGCAUGGAAGACAAUCGGAUAUUUCGACUGGAUGAUUCGGCAUUCGCAGAAGAGGAUCGAGCAAGUCCGGUCCGCCCAAUCCAACCCGGAUGGAAAGGUUACCUGGCGCGCGGAGGCAGGAGCGGAAACCAAGCCACGCAUCACGAUCAACAGAUUGAAAGGAGUCGAGGAAGGGGUUUCUGCACGGCUCGCUCACCUGCAACAGAUAUACGGGGCAGUUGCCAUGAGCAUGGCUGCCCCUGAUUGGGACUCUUCCGAAGAAGGCAAUGCCCUGGUCUUCAGCCCGUUCAAGAAUAAGAUGAUGCCGCAGCGAGAGGCUAUAAUGGAACUUCGUAACGAAACUGAGAAGGCAAUCCGGGUUUUGCAGCGGGAAGUUGACAUUGCGAAGGCUGUCAUCCGGGACCUUGAAGCCGGGGGAAAGGAAAGCUCAAAAGAAAAGGACUGA